UUGUUUUGGAGAAGGCCGAGGCCUUUUCUUAAUCAGAGAGCCUCUGAUUGUUUAGGCUCCAUUUGGGAGAAUGAAGAAAUCUACAGAUUUUAUCUUUGUCCCUUUCACACUUCUUUUUGUCAGACAGACUUAUAAAUAACCAACAUUUAUGCUCUGGUGACAAAAAAGUAUGCCCAUGCAAUCUGUGUCAGGAAUUUUUUAUAAUGACAUGGAUCGUGGAAUUCCCAAAAAAACCCUUAGCAGGAUGUUGGGCCAGUCUUAUGAAGGUGACCUGCCAUCUAAUCAUACUGGAACCCUUAGCAAUGAUGAGCAGAGCAACUUUCUGACGCAUACUGAUGUGAUCAAGCGUUCUCAACCUCUGUUCAUCGAAGCAAAUAGAAAAAUGAAGGAGGAAAAGCCUCAUACCUUAUCUUUGCCUUCUAUCCCAAACCCGUUUCCGGAACUCUGUAGUCCCUCAAACUCUCCUAUCCUCACCAGCUCCACCCUGGGGCCAGGAUCACAGCAUGAAGGUGGCUCUCAUGUAGUAAAAGUUUACAGUGAAGAUCGAACUUGCUGUUCUUUGGAAGUCACAGCAGGGACCACGGCCCGUCAUGUUUGUGAGAUGCUGGUGCAGAAAACCCAUUCUUUACAUGAUGACUGCUGGUCUUUGGUAGAGGUCUAUCAUCACUUAUCUCUAGAACGGAUCUUAGAAGACCAUGAGUCUGUGGUAGAGGUUCAGGCCACAUGGCCUGUGGGAGGUGACAGUCGGUUUGUCUUCCGGAAGAAUUAUGCUAAAUAUGAGCUGUUCAAGAGCUCACCACAAUCAAUAUUUCCUGAAGUUAUGGUUUCCAGAUGUCAGGAUGCAGCUAAUAAAGGCAUGUCCCACUUAGAACUCAUUCAGAAUGUUCUAAAUUCAGGAAGCUGCCCUGAAAUCCAAGGGUUCCUGAAUCUGAAGGAAGUUGGGCGCAAAGCCUGGAAAAGAUUUUACUUUUCUCUCCGGCGUUCUGGGCUCUAUUACUCAACAAAAGGCAUGUCAAAAGACCCCCGGCAUUUACAAUAUUGUGUUGACAUAAAUGAAUCAGUCAUCUAUUAUAUAACCCAAGGCAAAAAACAGUAUAACACACCCACCGAGUAUGGCUUUUGUAUCAAGCCACAUAAGGCACGCAGUGGACUCAAAGGACUGAAGCUCUUUUGCUGUGAAGAUGAACAAAGUCGCACAUGCUGGAUGGCUGCCUUCCGUCUCUUUAAGUAUGGCGUACAGCUCUACAGAAACUACCAGCAAUGUCAGGCACGCCAAAAGGAACCAGCUUGGUUUGGCACUGUGCCCCUGCGGAGCGUGUCUGAUAAUACGCUUGUGGCCAUGGACUUUUCGGGUUGCACAGGGCGAGUGAUUGAAAACCCCAAUGAGGCACUGACUGUAGCUCUGGAGGAAGCUCGGGCAUGGAGGAAGAAGACAUCUCAGCGAUAUAGCCUGCCCACUGCAUUCCAGAGCUGUCCAUUCAGUACUGCCAUCCACAAAACUCAACCCUGGUUCCAUGGUCACAUUUCUAGAGAAGAUUCCCAGCGCCUUAUAAUUCAACAAGGACUUGUGGAUGGGUUAUUCCUGGUGCGUGAAAGCCAGCGGAAUCCCAAAGGCUUUGUCUUGUCCCUUAGUCAUACGCAAAAAGUGAAGCACUAUCUGAUACUUCCGUGUGAAGAAGAAGGACGCCUCUACUAUACCAUGGAUGAUGGCCAGACACGUUUUGCUGACUUGAUUCAGCUAGUGGAAUUUCACCAAAUCAACCGUGGCAUCCUGCCUUGCAAGCUGAAGCACUAUUGCACAUGUGUUGCCUUAUGAUAGACUGUCACCCAUUGGCCAUUCCUGGGCCCUGAAUUACCAUUGGCUAAGGCUUAUAUGUAGGUCCUUUUGAAAUGGGUACAUCAGACCUACUUCAGACUUUCAACCUCUCUGUCACCUUGCCUUCAGCCACUUCUAGAAGAAACCAAGAAAAGAACAGUAUUUAACCUUCCCAUAAGGCUACUCAUCAGUAAGCCUUCAGAUUUUUUUUUUCCAGAAUCAAAGAAGGAUUUCAGGUCACAAUAUAGUAGUUUAGUUUGGAAACAGUCACAACAUUGUUGGCUGGUGUCUUUUUUUUUUCAUAUGACAUUUUUUACCUCUUGAGUGCCCUUCUAUAUGUAUGUUUUAAUACAGACUUUGCUUUGUCACCAUGUUACAGAAAUUUUGCUGCAUUGAUCAUUUAAUCUUUCUAAUGUGAUUGCCAAUUUCCAGUAGUCUGGAUGUUGUAUGCCAGACUUAUGCAUUGUUUCAAAAUCCUAACUGACUAGAAAAAAUAGUAAGAUGUAAGAAUUGAUUCGUAUUGCAAAUAAUUUUUGUCUUAUUAACUCUCUUAAGAACUAUUGUCCAGUUCUACCCAAGAUUCUAUGGGUGCUGUCACCUUUGUUAGAAAAUGAGUUCUUUUAUUGUUCAGUCUCUUCCCUGGUACCUAGUAGCAUCACAGUUUAUGAAAGUAAAUGCAACCUGUUCAAGGGAUGGGCUACAAUGUUAUGAGGAUCCGAUUAGAGUCUUUGGGACUGUCUUUGUUUUUGGGAGAGAAUGCACAGCAGGAAGGCUCACAUUAAGCCCAAAGACUGCUCUGAAAUUUCUUGUGACUCUGUCAGAUCGGAGAAUAGUGGUCUGCCUGGUAGGCAGAAUCUCCUUGGGCUCUUGAGAAUCACAAAACCCAUGAAUUCUUCUAAUUGUGAGUCCUAUAACAGAGCAAAGAUUGAAACAUUUUUGGUUAAGUUUAAUUAAUGUGACAGAUGAGAAAUUGAGGUUUGAAGAAAUGUUUUAUUUUCCUCCUUGUGUUAAGGGCUUAAAAUAUUGUGGGAGCGAGAAGGGAUGAUGCAAGAAGGCUGUGACACUCUUAUUUCUGCUACUUUUUGAGGCCAGUAUAUACUGUGAUGUUUUGUUGUUUGUAUAUGUAAAUUCUGGUAAUAAAUCUUAUUUUUUAUGAUA